CAAAGGUUUUGCUGAUAUUCUUUCAAACUCCAAGCUCCAGCAGUACUUCUUCCAAAGUUUAGACCUUGAAGAUCUUGAUUGGAUGCUGCACGGGAGUGAAGACACCCUUUCUGUUGAGGAUUGGAAAGCACACACCGAGUAUAAUGGUUACAGUGAGACAGAUAUUCAGAUCUCUUGGUUUUGGGAGAUUGUUGGGAGUAUGACAGCUGAUCAAAGGAAGGUUCUUCUAUUCUUUUGGACAUCUGUAAAAUAUUUACCAGUUGAAGGUUUCCGUGGUUUGGCUUCACGACUCUACAUAUACAGAUCCCUUGAACCUGGUGAUCGCCUACCUUCAUCUCACACAUGCUUUUUCCGGCUGUGUUUCCCGGCUUAUUCAUCUAUGGCUGUCAUGAAAGAACGUCUCGAACUCAUCACUCAAGAACACAUUGGGUGCAGUUUUGGUACUUGGUGAACAAAUACACCUUCAAUCUGGAUAAAAGUGGUUUUGACUGCACAUAGAUUGUCGUUGUACAGAUUAUAUGAGUGUUCCCAUCAGUUCUCUAAUUGGAUACUGUGACAUAUUUCACCAGUUCUCUAUUUUCCAAAGUAGUGGAGGGUUGCAGUGGCAUUGGUCUUUAUCAAAUGUUUAUAUGGAUAAAGUAUGAAAUAAAACAGGCUUUAAAGAAAGAAUAUUGAUCUCACUUGUGAUCUUAGCAUUGCUAUUGUGGUAAGUAGCUUAUUUUGUGAUGCCAUGGACUUAGGAUGGUAGUGCUCAGGAUGGAUCGGGUUACGGCCUAAAGGCCUGCUGCUUGCUCCCUCCCUCAGUAGAAACACCAAACUUUUUAAGUUAUCUGUCUUCAUCUAUAAAUUACAUUCAAGUCUAACGACUAA